AUGGAGUCACAAAUUUCUCACUAAGAUAUCAAAGUUGCUGAAUUCAUCUCAGUAUGCAUCUAUUUGGCUGAAGAAUCAGGGAAAAUUAUCAGAGAUGUGUGGAAGUCUGGAGUUCUAGGCAAGUAAGAGAAGAGCGAUGAUAAUGGUCCUGUGACAAUAGCUGACUUGAGAGUAUAAAAGAAUAUCAAUGAAAAUCUGCACAAACUUUAUCCAACAUUAGCUAUUGAGGGUGAGGAAGAUCAGUCAACUUAUGAAAAAUACGAGGCAUCAAUUAAACCUGAGGAUAUUCCUUUGGAUUUUGUCAAACAAGAUUAGUUAGACUAAACUCAUGCUAACAGAAUAAGCUAUCUUGAGACUCUUAAAGAUAUUUACGGGAGUGAAACAAAUUCUUUCCCUUUCAAUUCAUUCAACACUGAGAAAGCUGUAGUAUGGAUUGAUCCACUAGAUGGUACCUCUGACUUUGUGAAGGGAAAUCUUUCAGCAGUAACUGUACUUAUCGGACUAUCAAUUGAUGGAAUCUCCAAGAUUGGUAUUGUUCAUCAUCCAUUUAGUCUUGAGAAUUCAGAGCUCGGCAAAACAACAAUAGGCUCUCUUGAGCAUGGCUGCUUCUAAAUGUUCUAUGACGAGAAGCAAACAAGAGAAUAGCAUAUAUAGAGAACUUUAUCCCCUAUAAUACCAUUUCCAUCUGAUGAAUAACCAGCUGAAGAUCACAAAUUAAAAGUAGCAACUUCAAUUUCUCAUUUCAGUAACUAAAUUAAAGAAUCACUUGAUUUAUGCCAGCCAUUAGAAGUCUCUAGAAUUGGAGGAGCGGGAAACAAAUGCUGCAGUGUAGCUCUAGGUUUAGUUGAUUCUUACAUUUACCCUCAAUUCGGCUUAAAAUAUUGGGAUCUCUGCGCCUCUGAAAGUAUUAUCAAAGGAAUGGGAGGUCAUUCAACAAAUAUCCUAUUAGAAAGACUCUCAUAUCACAGAACUGGAGAUAAACAGAUAAAAGGUUUAAUCAUUGCUAAGAAUCCAAACUAUCACAGACUUAUUGUCAAUAGAUUCUAGACUACUUUCUUCUAAAAUGUAAGAAAAUUGUUUUGA